AUGUGUUACAAUAAAGUGUUGGAGCCUGAAUUAUUGAAGAAAGAAGAAUUGGAAGAAGAAAAUAUUUUUAAUGAAGAGGAAUUAAUGGAUUUAGGGCAAGAAGAAGUUCGAUUUAUCCGCUAUGAUGAAUGGCAUCUGGAAGAUUGGGAAGAAUAUGCAAAUAUGGAGACUGAUGAAGAAGAGGAGGAAGGAUUAGGAAGAGGAAGAGAAGAAACUUGGCGAAAUGUAGAUUGGGGAGAUAAGCAAGAAAUAGAAAAGAAGGAAGAGAAAAAUGAAGAAGGAAAGGAAGAAUCAGAGAAGGUAAUAGAAGAGGAAGAAGAACCGUUGGUGAAUAUCUUCAGUAACUGGACUGAAGUGUUUGAAGAAGAUUGGGUAGAAGAGAUGGAAGUGGAUAGAAUUGACGAAAUUGGAAAGGAGGUGUUGGAAAAAUAA